UUAAGAUAUGUAAUUUAACCUAUAUUUUGCUUAAAAAUGUUAUUUAGUAAUUAAUACGAGAAAGAAUUUUUAUUUUAUUUUUUUAAAUUAAGCGAAAAUAAAAAUCACCAAUGGGACGAAGUCGAACUCCAUCGCCAGGGAGACGGAGGGAUCGAUCUCGAGAACGAGAUCGCGAGAGAGAUCGACGGAGAAGACGAUCGCGAGAAAGAAGACGAAGAUCUGUAGAACGGGAUAGAGUAAAGUCGAGAGACAGAGACAGAGAUCGAGAACGUGAACGAGACAGGCAUAGAAGAUCGUACAGCAGAUCCAGAUCACGGGAACGUGAAAGAUCCCGUGACAGAUCCAAACAUAGAGCAAAGCCGAAACCUUCAACAAAUGAACGACCCAUUAUUACAGAAGCAGACCUUCAAGGCAAAACGCCUGAGGAACAAGAGAUGAUGAGAAUAAUGGGAUUCUGCGAUUUCGAUACCACUAAAGGUAAAAAAGUAGAUGGGAACGACGUGGGUGCAGUUCAUGUCAUUUUGAAAAGGAAAUACAGACAAUACAUGAAUAGAAAGGGUGGUUUCAAUAGACCUCUGGAUUUUGUUGCAUAAUUUAUCUUUAAUACAAUUUUAAGUGACGAGUAUGUUAAAAUGACAUCAUAGGUUUGACAAAAAUAUCUAAAUGAAUAUUACUAAUUCUAUGAUUAAUAUGGUAGAUUAAUGCAAGUCAUUAUACUUUAAUUCAUUAUACUUAAUACAAUAUUGUAAUAGAAUAUUUAUAUUUCAUAAACAUGUUCUUUGCAUACAACUCGUGAUAUAACUAGAUUUGUAUAAAAAAUCUUAUGCAGAAGAAGUGCAGAAUUAAACUUUAUAUCUAAAUG